CAGCAACACAGCAGCGCACGGACGGAUCUGCGCGUGCAGGGGAGCGGCACACGCUGACCCGAAUCUCCAGGCAGACGGACGGAGGACGAGCGGACCUGGACCUAACACUGGACCGGGCAUCAUGGCUGAUGUGUUUUGAGUCAUUCCUCGUUGAAUAAGAGAGAGCUCUCUCAUUCAAAGUACUGCGGAUGUGUUGUUGCGCGUGGUGAUUUUGGGCAGGCUGUCCUGUCAGUUGCUUGUAAGCGGAGAACGUGUUGCGUUUUUGCUCGGCUUUAUUAUCACCUCCUUGUUUCCGCGCGAGUUAAGGUGAUUAUUGAGACCUUAGGUCCAUGAUUCGACCAGGAAAAUGGGCUGUUGCGUCUGCGAGACACAGCUGUUUUAGUCAGACUUGACAACCGCGGAUUUUAGCGCUUGUUUUGGUCGCUUGUUUGAAGGAGGCUCGAGAAGCGCCGCAGGGCGAUCCGUGACACCCUUUCCGCGACACCCCCACCCAUUUUUAGCGGAUACUUUUGGAUGGGGGGCAAGCAGAGUACGGCGGGGCGGCCCCGGGGUGCUUUUCCCGGUGUCUCGACAGAUGACAGCGCGGUGCCACCCUCGGCCCACUUCGGGCACUACCGGCCAGGUGGCACGAUGGGACUGCGCAGCCGCUCGGUGAGCUCCGUGGCGGGGAUGGGCAUAGACCACAGCGCCACGGUGCCCUUCGGGUUUUACACCCCUAGAGGAACAGACUCGGACAGAGCCGGAGGGGGGUCUGGCUCGGAUCCCGCUCAUAACGGCAAUGGAUACCAAGAAACGGGCGGCGGGCACCACACGGACGGUAUGCUUUACCUGGGAUCCCGGGCGUCGUUGGCAGACACUUUGCCCCUGCACAUCGCGCCCCGGUGGUUUAGCGCCCACAGCGGAUUCAAGUGUCCCGUCUGCUCCAAAUCAGUGGCAUCCAAUGAGAUGGAGGUUCACUUCAUCAUGUGUCUGAGCAAGCCCCGCCUCUCAUACAACGAUGACGUGUUGUCAAGAGACGCAGGAGAAUGUGUAAUAUGUCUGGAGGAGUUACAGCAGGGAGACACCAUUGCUAGACUGCCGUGCCUCUGUAUCUAUCACAAAAGCUGUAUAGACUCCUGGUUUGAGAUCAACCGCUCCUGCCCCGAACAUCCUUCAGACUGACCUCCAUCAUCUACUUCUGCUACCACUGAGAAAGGGCACUUUAUGGACCUAAUCCUGGAUAUCCUGACACAAAAAAAUAACCAAAUAAAAAUCAGAUCUACCAACCAAUUUGAUCCAAACCUACGGAAGCGGACAUGUGUCAUCACGGAAAAAAACUGAACCAAAUGAAAAGCGUUCAUCCAGCCGAAAGCGUUCAUCCAACCACUUGCAUCCCAGAAUCUCCUGCCCGCUGUGCUAGAGACUGCAACACUGCUAACCGCCCCAACAACCAACUGGCUUCAGAAAAAAAAGAAAUGUCUCGCUUACUUGCCCCACUUUACAUACUCUGUGUUUUUAAUCGACGUGUGUGUGUGUUCAGUCUGCAUUUUAACCUAGUCCUUUCUCCUUACGCAAUCAGAUGGGAGGAGAAUGGGCGGGGCACCACAAGAGGCGGGUCUAUUAAAGGGGCGGGGCACAUGCAGAAAUCAAGUAGAAAGUAGAACACGACUUUCAAACUAAUCCAGAGGCCUGGCCUGUCAAUCAAAUGAUGCUGAUUAAAGGGGUGUGGCAAAAGAGGGCGUGGCCUCACACCCACUCUGUGGGAGGAGCUUUCACUCAUUAGUGAUGUUUUGGACAGCCGGUGGAUGUAGAUUUACUUAUUCUGUGUGUGUGCAUGUGUGUGAUCAUGUGUCCACAGGCAGGGAAAUGUGUAAAUUGUGUUUCCUGUUAGUGCCAGAGGAAGUCCAAGACAUCAGCAUGGGGGUCAUAAACAGAGAGGGAAAACAAGCCUCUCGGUCUGUCUUCAAAUGUUUACAAUUCACAGUAGAUGUCUUUCCCCCCCUGCAAAUGAUAAGAAGCUCAAAGCUAUUUUCCUAGUUUAUCGGAAUAUUCUGGGCGAGCACCGAUCGUAAUAUUCGGAGAGCUUCCCUGUAAAAGCCUUGAGUACGUAUUUGGUGUAUGUGUGUGUGCGCGUGUGUGUGUGUGUGUGUGUGUGUGCGAUUACAGCUUCUGUCCAUCUUUCCCAUGUUUUCUGUACGUGACCGACCAGCUUGAGUCUGGUAAGCUAAUGUUGCUUCACUACUGUAUGUAAAGCCCAGAUAUACUGGUGUGAAUCUAUUACAAGAUCAUUUCUAUGAUCUGCAUUUACUUUUUAUUUUGGGAAAAACUCUGUGAGAAACCCUCACAAGAAGUCUAUUUAACCUUCAGGAUGCCUAUGUCUACUGUAUAAACAUGCAGCAAGCACUGUUAGAAAAUAAUGUUGCUGAAAUUGUAAAAAAAAAAAAAAUUUUAAAAGGAGAAAAAUAAAAAUAGUAGGAAAAAAUAACCGCAAGAUGAUAUCUGACAACCUAUUACUUUUGUGUGGGAUAGAAAUAGAGCAUUUCUGAGGUGUUUUUUUUCCAGCUUUGUGCCUGUAAAUGAGGGCAUACAAACAGCAUCCAUCAGAACAGUGGAUAACAAUUUCGCCUCACCGUGUAAAACAAAUCAAAUAAUAAACAGAGUCAGGUAGCGUAGUACUAUCUCAUGCGGCGUAAGCUGAGGAAAGUGACUCGGCACUCUCGAAACCCAUCUUUUUAUUAUUUUGGCAUCUUAUUUUCUCUGUUUUUUCAUUUCUUUUUCUUCCAAGGACAUGAACGGAUGCCUGUUUUUAGGAGGUACAAACUAAGUGUCUGAUGAUUUUGAUGUGCAAUCUGUGGGAUGAGUAAUAAUGAUGAUGAACAUAUAUAUAAUUAAAACAAGAUGAAAUGA